GGAGAAGAAAUAAGACUCUGGAAUCGGCUCUAGCUGUGGCCACUGGAAGGCUCUCAGCCCAGGGGAACAUCAUGUCCACCUUUGAAGAUGCAGAUACAGAAGAGACGGUCACGUGUCUCCAGAUAACUGUUUAUCAUCCUGGCCAGCUGCAAGGUGGAAUAUUUAAAUCAAUAAGGUUUUGCAACAAAGAGAAAUUUCCUUCUAUUGAAGUGGUGAAAUUUGGACGCAAUUCCAACCUCUGUCGGUAUACCUUUCAGGACAAACAGGUUUCCCGAGUUCAGUUUGUUUUACAGCCAUUUAAACAGUUCAACAGCUCGGUCCUCUCGUUUGAAGUCAAAAACAUGAGUAAGAAGACCAGUCUGAUGGUGGACAACCAGGAGCUCGGCUACCUCAAUAAGAUGGACCUGCCUUACAAGUGUAUGCUCAGGUUUGGGGAGUACCAGUUCCUGCUGGAGAAGGAAGACGGAGAGUCAGUGGAAUCCUUUGAAACUCAAUUCAUCUUGUCUCCAAGACCACUCUUACAAGAGAACAGCUGGCCAUCACAGAGUCCCAUACCCGAAGAUGGGGGCUACUCAUCCUAUUUCACCCACAGAACGUCUCCUACAGAAAUGGAUGAAAAUGAGUCGUGACCGGAGUCUGAGUGGAGAAACACGGAGGAUGAAGACACAGGGAGGCACUUGAGAGGCGCUCU